AAGUUUGGAGUCUCUGCGGUCUGAACAUCAGUCAGGGGAACGCCUGGAAUGACAGUCACUUUAGCUCUAAUUACUUCUCUACUGUCACCGUGCUGUCAGCAGCGUUCAGGCUAUCUCUGCUCGCGGGUUCCAUCCCCGUCUGCCGCUAUGGGUCCCCGGGGAACAGCCCUGUUCACGCUGUGGCUUUGCUCUGCCGUGUUUUCCUCGGCUCCCUCCCCUUUCCUGACUUCUGAAGAGGAGCCGGGCUGCUUCAAAGUCAACAGCUGCAAAUGCAUCAUGAAGGACGGCAGCGGCGUGAUAAACUUGAAAGCCGUGGGAGAUGCAGAUGGUUUCCUGGAGCGUUUGAGGCCUGUGCCAGCAGACAACAUGUCGGCCAGCGCAGAGAUCUUCCUUUCCUUCAGUCCUUGCCAGCACUUCUCAGAGCCAGAAGCUCCGACCCUCACUGACUGCACCGACGUCGCUGCGUGUCUCAUCGUCAGAAGGCAUAAAGGGCUCAGCGGUCACAAGGACUUCUACACUGACUAUGGGACACAUGAAGGCAAUGAGUUUCACUACAACCACACUCAGAAGACGUUGUCCGUCACAUACUUCGCCCGCAGGCCGCAGGCAGCAACAGUGGUGCAUUAUCACUGUGACCCGCGUCAGUCCACCUCCAUCGUCCAGAGGACGAGCCUAGUCCCAGGAGGGCCCCUGCUCCUCUGGGUGGAGAGCCCCUGUGCUUGUCCUAACGCCUGUGGAAUGGGAGAUCUGGGUUUGGGCACCAUCUUCCUCAUCCUCCUCUCCCUCAGUGCAGCUGCAUACUUUGUCCUUGGUUCCAGCGCUCUCAGGGCUUCUCGGAGCAACAGUGGGAUGCAGAUCUCCCCGGAGUGCAGUGUGUGGUGCAUGAUCUGCUACCUCUGCAGCGAAAGACCUGCAAGGAAGCGACGCACAAACUGGCGACCAUAACCCGUAGGAGGCAGUAGAGGAAAGUGCUGAACCAUGUAGGGAGCAUAGUGCAUUCAAAUGCAUAACUAUGGAUACACUAAUGCAAUCAUAGCAACAAAACCCCUGCAGAUUUCUGCUGGUGAUCGUGGUCUUCUGAGCUAGUGAGGGAUUUCUGUGAGACUGAAGAAACAAAUGAAUUAGAGUGAAAUGAACAGAUACAUCAUGUUUUUGUACAAAUCUAGAAAAGCUGUUUGUUUACCUGAAUUUCAUGAUUAUGACUAAAAGGAAACAUGAAAGAAACAUGAUCUAAAUGACAAAAAAAGUUCUGGAUGCUUCUCCAUCCCUCCACUCAUGUGGCUAAGCUGACACUGCUGUGGUUUUCCUAAGAUAAACCACGUUUGACGUGUCUUAUUCUUCUCCUCUGACUCAUACCUGCUCUCUGUGUCACUGUGGGUGAUGUGAUGCUGGUCGCCCCUCUCUGUGUGGUCCCAUGUCGUUCCAGCAGCUGUCCCUCAUCCAGCUGUUGGGCUGAAGCUCACCGUUGCUGCUUGUUCAUGACAGUUGGAUUUUACUAAUGACUGCUCUCCUGUGACUCAACGCGGCGUCACGCUCUGCCGCUGACCUCAUCAGAGCCUCAUUAGACACCAAUUAAGCAGAUCCAACGACAUUCCAUCCUUUAGCACCCCACCCAGACUGAGGGGGUAAUUGGCUGAAUGCAACUUGUUAAGACCAGAAAAGGACAGCUUGUGUUCUUCUGUCAUUUCUCCUUCAGUUUCUAUUUGAUGUUACUGUCCUCAAAUUGGGACCAUAACAGUUAAAGGUACUCUCAGGACAGGAUUUGAACAUCUGAACCUUUAAGAAAAUUUAAUCUGAGAACAACAAGAAUCCAAAGUUUGAUGCAGGAUUUUGACCUCCAUCAUUCAUGUUUUCCUGAAUUCACACUGACCUCAGCAGCAUGCAUUCAAGUGGCCACUUCCAAUGACAAGUCUAUGCAAAUGUGCGUUUGUGGCUUCAAAACUCUCGUAUUUACGUGUGGCCACUAUAGUUUUUACAGAUGUUUUCUGGUUCUACGGACGUACACAAACUCUUUCACUUAAAGGGCCAAAUACAAUAUUUCUUUGCAUGAAAUAAAAGGAGAAAAUAAAGAAUAUGGUUUAAUUUAUUUAUUUUAUUCUGUAACAUACAUUAGUAAGAAUAGAAAGGAACAUUUGUCUUUGAAACUAUUAACAGCGAGGCCUCCCUGGCCAUUUUUGAUUGAAAAACAAGAGCAAGCUAAACAAACUUUCUUCCAAUGAAAACAGUAAACUGGGAUCCUAAUGACAGACGUGGAGCUGGUAUUUGACUUUAUCUGUUUCCUGUUGUCGCUCCAUCUUGGCUAUAGCUGAAAAGGCCACUAAAAGCAUCAGAAGGGACCGUGAAGGUAAUUUCUAAAAAAAAAAAAGAAAAAAAAAAAAAAAAAAAAAAAGCCCAGAGCUGACUCACUUGUGGGUUGUUGCUAACAGCGCCACCUGGAGGCCGAAAGUAUAUUACAGCCAAAGAGUUUUGGAACAUCGAAGAAUCAAUGGGAAACGGGUCAGGGGAUUUAACUAAACACUCCGCGGCUUCCGCAACCAUGACUUGGUGGGCCAAAUGAUGACCUUUCUUGAGCCAAAUUUGGCCCGUGGGCCACACUUUGGGCACCCAUGACAUACGUGAACAGGGAUUGAAAGCCAAACCAUAUAGAACUUCAACCAAUCAGGGACCAAAUGGUAAUAUGUGAAUGAAGUCCCUGUUAAUUCACAAAAGCAUCAACUUGUGGCAACACGAGCGGUUCAGGUACGUACUAAUAAUGGAGGAUUCAAACCUGGUGGAGACGUGGUUCCAGAUAUCAAAAAGAUGACCAUAGAUAGUGUAAAAUGUUCAACUAUUUAAAGACUUGUGAUAAAACCACUAGGGGCCUAGAGCCCACCUGCAACAGAGACCUGGCUACUCUAGCAAAACAAAAAACACAAAUCACAUGCAUUAACAUAGAGUGAACAGAAUCCAACCCGGGGGGGGGGGACACGGCACAAAAAACAAACAACCAAAAUGUCCACUUGAGUACCAGUCACUGUUGCAGCAGCUCUGAAUCAAAAAAACAAAAGAAAAACAUGCAAACAGCCCCUUAUUUGGCACACAGAUGCAUAAAAUCAACAAGUUAGAAACAGUCCAUCAACUUCUCCAGCAGGACUCAAGAGAGAUGGAAAAGCACGAAUCCUCAAAGUUCCGCCAAGUCCCAAAAACACUAGCGGAAACACUGCUGCUCAGCGGCUGACCCGGCGACCAAAAGAAGUGGAUGAGGGAGGCCUGUGAAGCACCUGUGGUUAGUCGUGGAGAAGGGAACAAGACCCAUAAAAAACAGAAGUGGGUUCCAAAUCAACUAUGCGUUCUGUUCCAAUUCACCUUUGUUUUACCAGCUGCACGGCCGAUCCGCUGUGCGACAAGGGAUUACAGCCACCACUGCACUGGCAGUGGAGACCCAAAAAGGGUGACUUGACUCUCAGCCCAGAGUCAAGACGCGCCAGCUCAGUCCCAUUUUCAUAGGUGGCCGGGUGCUUAUUAGGAGCACCUGGAUGGGAGUGACUACACCUGUACAUCAGCCUAAUUAGAUCGUUUAAAAUUGAUCAUGAAGGAGAAAUUAAUCUUAACACUUUGAAUUAUAUGACGCCAAGUAUAUAUACAGAAGGUGGCGGUAAUGCACCUCCAUGUUGGUGCCACCCGCCAUUUAAACCCCCUACCAUAAAUGGGGGACAUGCGCUACUAAAUCAUAGAAAUAUAAGUAGAAGCCCCUCCCUGCUUGUCCAGUGUGAACACCAUAAGAUAAACCCACAUUCAAGAAAGCAUGUUUAGCGUGUUAUUGAACGCAGCUUUAUCCAGCUCAUGAUCAAGCUCUGCAGAGGCCGAAUGAUGACAGUCGUUAGGCGUGUUGGUGGAUCUUCAGCACCAGACAUCAAUGUUGGCUAACCAACAGACUCCCAAAGCAGCGCAGCAGACGGUGUAAAUCUUGGGUUGACCAUUCAGCCGUUAACAUCAUUAUCAGGAUCAAGUGUGGGAACAGGUGUUUUCUCGUAGUCAGCACUAUUUCAAAAGGUUCCUGCUGCAGGGGGGUCACGUGAACAUCCUGGUGAGUAAAUCCAGCUUCUUGUAUGACCGCCAGUAACAUUUAUGCUUCAUUUGAGACGUUUGGUUUGCUGGUUUUGUCACAAUGUGAUAUGCUGUGUAUGAAUAAUGUUGUGUUCUCUUUUUGAGGCUUUUCACCUACUUCGUCAAGGUUUACACUGGAUAUAAGUGGGAUUUGCUUCAUGUCUACCACAGCUACAUAAUUGUUGCCCUUAUUUUUUCUCCUUCUCUGGAUUUGAAGAAGAGAUUUAAUCAUCCUCGAGCUUCUUUCAUGCAGCCGUUCCUCUCCCCUCUGAGACGUCCCUGUGCUGCGUGAAACAGCCCCUCCUGCUAUGGUGUCAUAAUAAACUGUGAUCGGCC